GGCAGGGCUGUGAGCAGCAGGAGCGAGCUGCAGCGGGCGGGCGAGGGUCUGCGGGCAAGGCGAGGGGCGGCCGGCUGUCUGGGGCUGCAGAGAACAGGUAAUGGGAGCCUCUAUCGCUGCUGAUUGUACCGCUUUAGCCUUAGGAAUGCUACUGUGGGUUGUCUGUCUGUUUGUUUGUUUGUUUGUUUCUGCCAAUCAGUAAUUACUUCUGAAAAAAUGUGAUUUUCCCAUCAAAAAGAAAAUGGAGAGUUCUCUUUAUGCACUUUUCCAUUUCUGUGAUGCUUGUCCCAGGGAAAGACAGAGCCAGAGGAACUCAUAUUCUUGUCAGUGGGCUUUGGUGCCAGAGGAAAGAUGGACGUUAGGUUUGUCUUAGGAAAGAACACAUAAAUAGCAUGAAUAUAACAAGCCUCUAAAGAAAUGAGACAUAUUUGCCUUUUUAUUGCUUCCUGUCUACCGUAACGACCUGUUCCUCAUUUAACUUCUCCUCCCCUUUUUAAAUCACAAAAUAGCAUCUCCUACAUAAAGGCGUUAAAUCCAGAAGGCUUAGAAGGCUUUCGUACCACACGGACCUUGUGGGGUGGUUUACGCCUUCCACUCUUCCUUCAAGAUUCAGCAGCAUGUUGGCCCUGCAACGUGACCGGGCAAUGUUUAUUAUCGGCAGCUCCCCACCUGACCAAUCUGAGUUUUAUGGUCAUUUCUGUCUAAUGAUCCUGCUCACAAAUAGGUGGGUAGGGAAGGCUUGGGAUCAAAGCGUAAGCCACAGAUUUCACAACGUUUUCUUGGCAAAACAAGCUGUUGAUUUAGCUGCUGGCUGGAAUCUGCAGACCUUCAUUAAGGUGUUCUCCUGGGAUGACGCUGAUAGCAUCUUCCCUCCCGUCUCCGUGGGACAGCCCUUGGCCCAGCAGCACGGCCUCGGCUGGCGCAGCGCUGUGAGCAGACCGUAGCACUGCGGAGGAGAAACGCGGCCAACUUCUCUCAAUGACUCUAUAGCCAACUGAUGUAACAAUGGUACUAAUAUUGGGACGCAGACUGAAUAGAGAGGAUAGUGGGAUACGAGAUUCCCCUGCAACCAAGCGGAAAGUUUUUGAAAUGGACCCAAAGUCGUUGUCAGGCCCUGAGUUUUUUGACUUCUCCUCGGGAUCGUCGCACGCCGAAAGCAUCCUGCAGAUCUUCAAUGAGUUCCGAGACAGUCGGCUGUUCACGGAUGUCAUUAUCUGUGUGGAGGGCAGGGAGUUUCCCUGCCACCGCGCGGUGCUCUCAGCCUGCAGCAGCUACUUCAGAGCCAUGUUUUGCAACGAUCACCGAGAAAGCAGGGAGAUGCUAGUGGAGAUCAACGGCAUUUUAGCUGAAGCUAUGGAUUGCUUCUUGCAAUAUGUGUACACUGGCAAGGUGAAGAUCACUACGGAGAACGUGCAGUAUCUCUUUGAAACAUCAAGCCUCUUUCAGAUCAGCGUUCUGCGCGAUGCCUGUGCUAAGUUCCUGGAAGAGCAGCUGGACCCUUGCAACUGCCUGGGCAUCCAGCGCUUCGCAGACACACACUCGCUCAAGACGCUGUUCACCAAGUGCAGGAAUUUUGCACUGCAGACGUUUGAGGACGUGUCCCAGCACGAAGAGUUCCUCGAGCUGGGCAAAGAUGAGCUUAUUGACUACAUCUGCAGCGAUGAACUGGUGAUCACGAAGGAAGAGAUGGUGUUCGAAGCUGUCAUGCGCUGGGUGUACCGGGCGGUCGAGCUGCGAAGACCGGUGUUACACGAGCUGCUGACGCACGUCAGGCUCCCGUUGUUACACCCCAACUACUUCGUUCAGACUGUGGAGGUGGACCAGCUGAUUCAGAAUUCCCCAGAGUGCUAUCAGCUGCUGCACGAGGCCAGGAGGUACCAUAUCCUUGGCAAUGAGAUGAUGUCCCCCAGGACUCGGCCACGCAGAUCAACUGGUUAUUCUGAGGUGAUAGUUGUUGUUGGAGGCUGUGAAAGAGUUGGAGGGUUUAACUUGCCAUACACUGAGUGCUACGAUCCUGUAACAGGAGAAUGGAAAUCACUGGCCAAACUUCCAGAGUUUACCAAGUCUGAGUAUGCAGUGUGUGCCCUACGGAAUGAUAUCCUUGUUUCAGGUGGAAGAAUCAAUAGUCGGGAUGUAUGGAUUUAUAACUCUCAGCUUAACAUUUGGAUCAGAGUUGCCUCCUUGAAUAAAGGCAGAUGGCGUCAUAAAAUGGCUGUUCUUCUUGGUAAAGUGUAUGUCGUUGGAGGGUAUGAUGGGCAAAACCGCCUCAGCAGCGUGGAGUGCUACGAUUCGUUUUCCAAUCGAUGGACAGAGGUGGCUCCCCUCAAGGAAGCCGUGAGCUCUCCUGCAGUCACCAGCUGUGUCGGCAAACUGUUUGUGAUCGGGGGCGGUCCUGAUGACAACACGUGUUCUGACAAGGUUCAGUCUUAUGAUCCUGACACUAAUUCUUGGCUGCUCCGUGCCACUAUCCCUAUUGCAAAAAGAUGUAUUACGGCUGUGUCUUUAAACAAUCUGAUUUAUGUUGCUGGUGGGCUCACCAAGGCAAUAUACUGCUAUGAUCCAAUUGAGGACUACUGGAUGCAUGUACAGAAUACGUUCAGCAGACAGGAGAAUUGUGGCAUGUCUGUGUGUAAUGGAAAGAUCUAUAUCCUUGGUGGAAGACGAGAAAACGGUGAAGCCACAGACACUAUUCUUUGCUAUGAUCCUGCAACGGGCAUUAUCACAGGAGUAGCAGCCAUGCCCAGGCCAGUAUCGUAUCAUGGCUGUGUGACCAUUCAUAGGUAUAAUGAAAAAGGCUUUAAACUGUAAUUUGUUUUGGAGGAGAAGAAAAGGAGAAGAUGAUGGCAUGAAUGAAUCCAGUGGUCUGCUGCAAGACUGAUUUAUAAAUCCGAAAGUGGGAAAAUGCCCUUUCCCUGCCUAAGUGUCAUAAAAAAUUGUACCCUGUGCCUUUUUGGGGAGAGGAAAAGAAAAAAAAAAAAAAAGCAAGGAAGGUUAAUUUAAGUUAAACUAGUCUCUAGUCUACAGAUCUAUCUAGUAAACAGACUGUGCUGUACUAGUGAUCAGAUGGUUGUCCUAUGUGUGUUCAGUAAUUAAAUCUUGGAAGCUUUGUAGGGAAAGUGCCUUCACAAGCACUUGUGCCUGUGUCCUAAGUAGUGAUACCUACAAGGUGUUUCAGGUUCUGCUAAUUGGAAAAGUACGUAGGCAAGUAAAUCUCAAAGAAUUAUCCAGAAUAAUUACCUUCAAUUAAGAAAAAAAGAAAAAAAAAGCAACUUGUAUGAUUACAGUUCAUAUGCAAUGCACUCUUACAAGCAGAUUACACGGCUUAACCAAAUAGAUUUCAUUUCCGAUCAUGCAUGGUUUGAGAUUUAAAGAAAAAGCAAAAACAUACAAAAAAAGAAACUAUUUAAGCUCCAUAGGACAAAUAUUAGGUAAAUGUUUUUCUCGGAAGAACAGCAACAUCUUGGUUGUUUUGUGAGCCAAUGCAACAUAUUGCAGCGAGGACUGUGUACCGUAACGCUAUGGACCUCAUUCAUAGUGUUGUUAAAUGCCUACCAGAAGUGCACGGCUACGUAACGUGGAAAACCAGUGACGUCUGGGGUGUAGGUAUGCUCUGUGAAACAAACUUGGAAUCCUGGUCUUUAAAUUCCUGAAUAGUAGAGAUGAAGCCUGAGAGUUGCUGGGUUCGCUCCUUGCUCGCUCACUGAAGCGUCUCUAAACUACUCAAGGGAUAAAGAAGAACGAACUGCAGAUUCUGCUGCUGCUCGUAACGGCGCUGUGAAUGACCGAGUAGUGGAGCUGGGGACUCAGUCUGUAUCCCACUGCAAACAGUUGGGUCUUCAAGACCUGUCAUCUGCAGAGAUGGUUCGGUUACCCACCAGGUGUUUCUUGGUCUUUCUUCAGUCACUUCAGCGCAAUUCAACUACUGCAAAAGCUGCUGGGCCACAGAUCAGGAGUUCUGAAGGUCCUUCAUGUCACUAGAAAAACAGCUGUGGAGCUGUCCCUGUAGCCAUGAGAGGGUAACUCCCACAUGACAUGUUUUGGCUCAUUUUGAAGCCGGCAAGGCACGUGUAUUUCAACCCAGAUUUCCUUAGGAAAGGUAUUUCUUUUAAGUCCUCCUUAUAUUUCUGCACUUGGUCUCUUUAUUCCCAUUACGCAGCUGUACAGCUGAGGCACAAGUUCAUGAAAACUGAAAUAGCACUUGAGAGCUGGAAAAUGAAUAGGAUUUUCUAUCUGUCGAUUUCCUAUUAGUCACCAGAAAACUUGGGAACUCCCUUUCAAAGGAAUUCUGACAGCAGCCAGUAGGGAGGGUGGUCAGUGCCAGGGUGGAGAAAAGCAUACGGUUUCUGCAGAGGUGAGCUGGCAUCUGCAUUCUGGUGUCCAUGCUUACUCAGGAGGGACAAAACAAGCACCAUCUCUGGAACGCCGUUUGCUCUGCUGGACUUUCUUCACCAUCUUUGUUUCUUCAUGAGAUGGAAAUUCUGACCCUCAGUGAAGCUAUGCCAAAUUGGGAGUCAUCGUUUUCAGUGCCACGCGGUCAUGACUUUUAAAGAGCACUGGGAGCUGCACUUUGUGAUGCAUUAACUUGCAACCUCAGGAAAGGACACAGAUUUCAGUUUCUGGCUGAAUACCAAACACUGCUUUGUAUAUGUAAAGAAUAUUGAUAAAAUACAAAAUUCUGCAUAUCAAUGAUGUAAUUAGGAAAUGAGCCCUGUGUACAUUCACGUUGCCCUAAAUAGGAAGCCAUUUGGUAACCUACGACAGAACUUAGAUAUAAAUGGAAUCCUUUUCUAAGUUCCUUGUGUGUCUGCUCACUGAGUGUUGUUCAAAAAGGUUAUUUUAGUACCUGUGAAUAAGGUCCGCUGAUAGCAAUGGUGAUUGCCCAGUAACUGAUACAAUAUACUAACACUGUACAUAACUUGUGCCAUCAUUGUAAAUGAAAAUGUAAAGGAUGAUAGGAGCACUUCAUUAGAGAUGCAGUUUGAAAAAUAUUCUUCCUUCCUCUGACUUCCUUCAUGUUUGUAUUGAGAUAUGUGAUGUUGAUUGUCAUGCUAAACUGUUCUACGCGUUCUUCAUUCAGUGUCAUUUAUGUAUAGGUAUCCUUUAGUCUGUUUACAAUACUGCACUACUCUGUAAAUAGUGAAAUACUGCUUUUUAUGGUUUUGAAAAUUCA